AUGUCGGAGUCCAGGAGGAGGGGCCGAGGCCGCGGCAAGAAGCACCGAGAGGGGAGGAAGCGGGAGCGGGAGCCCGAACCCGGGGAGAAAGCUCUGAGAUGGGCCACGAAGGGCCAGCAAAGAGGUGGUUCCUGGGGCCCAGAGGUGGUCUCAGUGGGUCACUGGCACGUGUCUCUCAUACCUCCAGUGAGUACCACUCUGUCAUCCUGGUCGGGGCACGCCCGGAAGUGCAACGAGACGGCCAAGUCCUAUUGUGUCAAUGGAGGGGUCUGCUACUACAUCGAGGGCAUCAACCAGCUCUCCUGCAAAUGUCCAAACGGAUUCUUCGGACAGAGAUGUUUGGAGAAACUGCCUUUGCGAUUGUACAUGCCAGAUCCUAAGCAAAGUAUGUGUCCUGUGGGAUACACCGGGGACAGGUGUCAGCAGUUCGCAAUGGUCAACUUCUCCAAGCACCUUGGAUUUGAACUAAAGGAAGCCGAGGAGCUGUACCAGAAGAGGGUCCUGACUAUCACCGGCAUCUGCGUGGCUCUGCUCGUGGUGGGCAUCGUCUGCGUGGUCGCCUACUGCAAGACCAAAAAACAGCGGAAGCAGAUGCACAACCACCUCCGGCAGAACAUGUGCCCAGCCCACCAGAACCGGAGCCUGGCCAAUGGGCCCAGCCACCCCCGGCUGGACCCCGAGGAGAUCCAGAUGGCAGAUUACAUCUCCAAGAACGUGCCAGCCACGGACCAUGUCAUCCGGAGGGAAACCGAGACCACCUUCUCUGGGAGCCACUCCUGCUCUCCUUCUCACCACUGCUCCACAGUCACACCCACCUCCAGCCACAGGCAUGAGAGCCACACGUGGAGCAUGGAACGUUCUGAAAGCCUGACCUCUGACUCGCAGUCGGGCAUCAUGCUGUCAUCAGUGGGUACCAGCAAGUGCAACAGCCCGGCGUGCGUGGAGGCCCGGGCGCGGCGGGCAGCAGCCUACAGCCUGGAGGAGCGGCGCAGGGCGGCCAUGCCAUCUUACCACGACUCCGUAGACUCCCUGCGUGACUCCCCACACAGCGAGAGGUACGUGUCGGCACUGACCACGCCCGCGCGCCUCUCUCCCGUGGACUUCCACUACUCGCUGGCCACGCAGGUGCCGACUUUUGAGAUCACGUCCCCCAACUCGGCUCACGCAGUGUCGCUGCCGCCGGCCGCGCCCAUCAACUACCGCCUGGCGGAGCAGCAGCCACUACUGCGGCAGCCGGCGCCCCCCGGCCCGGGGCCCGGGCCCCACGUUCCUGAGAUGCCGAAGAGCCGCCGAGAGCAGAGGGGAGAGCUCUGCUCCCGCGGGGGGCCUCUGGAGAGCUCACAGAACUGCAACAAGCCCUGGGCUACCUGCGGUCUCCUGAAGCUACAGGAAGUGUGA